AAAGUACACGUCUUAGUCAAUUAACGGUAUGUUGGUGGGAGAGCAGGUAGGGCCGGUUCGUAAAUUGUAUCCUAAUAAUUAUCAUAUUGAUCAUAAUGUAAAAUAUAAUCAUUCAAAGCUACGAAAUCCGUGUGUGACGACAAAUUCCUAAUGACAGCAAGAUUUAACGUUCUACCUAAAUUCGACAGCUUCUACGCGAUACACAGCUUGGUACUUGGGGCAUGCGCAGUAGUCUCCACCACUUAUUCCUAAAUUGCGCUAUAUGGCAAUAUCGCAUACUGUUGACUAUCGAGUGCUUAGCGCUUGUAUAUCUCCAUUGAACAUAACUGGUCCUUAGUGCCAACUGACCGCAGGUUGCUCACAUGAUUGUGGUGUACUUUUUAUUGUAGUGCACAUGCAAACCGCGGGCAACAUGGCGAACGUGCGGGAUAGUGAUACAUCUCUGUGGCUCCACAACAAGCUUGGCACAUCAAACGACAGUUGGACCGGCAGUUCGAUCUGUUCGCAGCUUAAUGCCGAAGUGCUGCGUAAUAUUAAGGAUUGUUUUCCGGAUCUUCAAACUCAAGUCAAACUGAAAUUAUUGCUCUCCUUCUUCCAUAUACCCAGGAGAAAUGUCGAAGAGUGGCGUAUUGAACUGGAAGAGAUUAUCGAGGUUGCUUGUUUGGAUAGUGAAUUAUGGGUUUCAAUGUUAUCCGAAGCAAUGAAGACUUUUCCAUCCACCGGUUCAUUAAACACAGAUAUCUCAGAUCUUGACGAGCAUCGUCCUAUUUUUGGAGAACUUGUAAACGAUCUUCGAAAAUUAUUAAAAAAGCAAAAUGAUCCAGCGAUGCUACCGUUAGAGUGUCAUUAUUUAAAUAAGAAUGCUCUCACUUCUGUCACUGGCCAAUUACCUUCACCUACGAAACAUUUUACCUUAAAAAGAAAACCAAAAAGCGCAGCUCUUAGGUCAGAGUUGCAUCAAAAAAGUUUGGAUGCUGCAAAUAAUAUGAAAAAGAGUACAGCUCCGACAGUACCAGUACGAAGUAGAGGAAUGCCAAGAAAAAUGACAGACACAACACCCUUAAAAGGUAUACCGAGUCGAGUACCGACGUCGGGAUUCCGUUCACCAGCCCUUACAGCAUCACCAAUGACAAACCGUACCCCCAUUAGCAGCCGAAUACGUAAGGAUGGUGGUAUUAAACUCCUUGACAUAAAUGAGCAACCAUUGGGCUAUGCCCAAGCGAAGCGACGUAAGAGGUUGAUGGAGAUGGAAGAACAACAAAAGAAAGUGGAAGAAGCGAAGGUUGCGGCAACAACAACAACAACGAUAUCGGCGACUCCAACAACAGAGACAUUGACGACGCCAGAGUAUGCUCAAGGGUUGGCACCAAUUGGCGCUCCCGCGGCGCCAGUUUCGACCACUACGACAGUUUUACCUCAACCAUAUAAUACGUCAAUUAGCACAACUGUACCAAUUGCUGUUAUUGCACCCAGUCCACAAACGCCUGUGACACCCGUUACAUCAACACCAAUAGUAACGACACUUGUUACUACUCCCAUGGAAACUGCACCGAUAACAGUGCAAACGAUCAGGCAACCUCAAACUGUAACGCAAACUCGUAUAUCAAUCAAUAAUCAACAGAUACCAAAUACAGCAAAUACAAGAAAAGGGCUCUCCCUUACGAGGGAACAGAUGUUGGAGGCUCAAGAAAUGUUUAGAAUCGCUAACAAAGUUACCAGACCAGAGAAAGCUCUUAUUUUGGGAUUUAUGGCUGGUUCAAGAGAUAAUCCCUGUCCAAAAUUAGGUAAUAUUGUAACGGUAAUGCUUUCCGAAAAUAUAGAAGAAGUUGAACAACCUGAUGGUACAACUGUAUCGAUGCAAGUUGAAACACAUUUCCAAAUGAAUUAUACAAAUGGCGAAUGGAAACGCAUGAAGAAAAAUCGACGAAUUGUUAAUGAUGAAACGGCUAAUGUGAUUACAAAUCAUAGUAAAUUUACCCAUUAAAUAGACGUUUAUUAUAAUUUCUUUAUUGUUUUGUUUUU